AUGGGUUUCUUUGAUCAAGAGAUGUAUAUCAUCGGUGUCAUACCAAGUCCUCCUGAAUGGAGAGGCAAAAGGGUGUAUCAAUCCAUCAAGAGGCCUGAGACAAGGGGAUCUCCUAUCCCCUUUUCUCUUUAUUAUCCUUACAGAAGCUUUGAUAGCACAAAUAAAAGCACAGAAACAGAGGGACGCAUCACGGGGCUAAAAAUAGCCCAAACAUGUCCACAAAUCUCUCAUUUACUAUUCACAGACGAUAGCAUCUUCUUCUGUAAAGCGGAUAUCCAGCAAUGUACUGAGCUUAUGCGAAUUUUUACCUGCUACGGACAGGCCUCAGGCCAACAACUAAAUGCUACAAAGUCUUCCAUUUUCUUUGGGAGUAAAGUUCCCCAAGACGAUAGAAUAGCUCUAAAGAGAGCCUUGGGAAUUACAAAAGAAGGAGGGAUGGGUCUGUACCUAGGACUACCAGAAAACAUAUGUGGCUCAAAGCAGAAAGUGUUCACCUUCGUUCAAGAGAGAUUAGCCAAACGGAUCAACACUUGGUCAGCAAAGUUUCUGUCAAAAGGAGGCAAAGAGGUCCUUAUCAAGUCCGUUGCGCAAGCCCUCCCUACUUACGUAAUGUCUUGCUUUCUUCUCCCAAAAUCUAUUACUAAUAAGCUACAAAGUGCCAUCUCUCGAUUCUGGUGGAGCACAAAGCAAAAUAACAAAGGAAUGCAUUGGAUUGCAUGGGAAAAGAUUUGUAUUCCCCUAGAAGAAGGAGGCUUGGGGUUUCGAGAUCUAAAGAACUUCAACAUAGCUCUGUUAGCUAAACAACUAUGGCGUAUACUACAUUACCCCUCUUCACUGCUGGCAAGAGUUUUAAAAGCACGAUAUUUCAGACAUUCGAACCCAUUAGAUAUCGAAAAAUCAAAUGCUCCAUCGUGUGGAUGGAGAAGCAUGCUAGCGGCCAAGGAGCUUUUAAAAGCAGGUAUAAGGAAAAACAUAGGGUCCGGCGUUAACACUAUGGUGUGGAAAGAACCAUGGAUCCCAACCACACCUGCUCGACCCCCAAUGGAAACUGACAGACCCUCGGAUCCUUUCCUUUACGUUCACCAUCUUAUAGAUCAUGAUACGAAAAGCUGGAAAGAAGAACUACCGCUCAGAUCAGGCUACACGUUAGCUAUGAAGCUAAAAAACACAGAGCAGGACCAAGCAUUAACAGAAACAAGUACGACGGCUUUAAAGGGAAAAGUGUGGACUUUGAAAACAGUAAGGAAGAUAAAACACUUUCUAUGGCAGGCGAUUGCAGGAUGCAUCCCCGUCAGACAAAAUUUGGUAUCAAGACACUGUGGAACGGACAAAAGCUGCCCCCGAUGUAACACAGGGGAUGAAACCAUCAAUCAUCUACUUUUUGAAUGUCCAUUGGCGGUCCAAACGUGGAGCCUAUCCAAUCUCCCAAGUGAGCCGGACGUAUUCCCAAAUGGAGGCUUAUUUCAAAACCUCGACCAGCUCUUAUGGCGAAUCAAAGAAGGAAGCGCUCCGGGCGGGCCAGACAAUAUCAUUGCGAGAUGGCCAUGGAUCAUAUGGUAUAUAUGGAAGGCACGAAAUGAAAAGCUCUUUAAUGAUAAAGAGAUACAAUCUGAAGAUACCAUACAACUGGCGUAUACGGAAGCGGAUACCUUCGCUGUGGCUCAAGUAGGAGACAGAGUGGGGGAAACUAACACAGCACAAGGUGUAAGUCCGCACCCUCUUGAGGACGCGAGUCCCGUAACACAUUGCCAAAUAGACGCAUCAUGGCUCUAUAACGGCAAUGUCUUUGGUGGUGGUAUGGUAAUUGACGAUGUUGACGGAGGACGAACUUAUGGCUCAUGUGCACGUACACAAGUUAUAUCCCCCUUACAUGCAGAGUUCCAUACCUUAUUGUGGGCAAUGAAGGAAGUCCUUACGUUGGGAUAUACUUCUAUGACCUUUGAAACUGAUUGCAUGCAGCUUAUCAAGUUGCUUGAAGAAGAAGAUACUUGGCCCUCGGUGGAGGCAGAAUUGGAAGAAUUCAACUAUCUUUCCACUGCUUUUGUUUCUUUUGCAAUUUCUUUUAUUCCACGUUCAUGUAACGGCUGUGCUGAUCGCCUCUCCAAAGAGGCCCGCGCACGAGGUUCUAUUCACUCUGUUGUAAACAAUGUGAUGCCAAGUUGGUUAGUCGUCUAG